GCACCCAUGGCGUUCUACCCAACCUGGCAAGCCGACCCGUCCCAGGGCUGGCAGAAUCAAUUCAUCCAGCAGAUUCCGCAGAACACCCCCGCCAUCACGCCGCUUAACUCACUCGAAUUCCAGCCACAGGGCUAUGCAGCAUACCAACCGAACAGUUACGUUCAAACGGCCGGAAUCGGGUUCGACCCGAACUACGGCCGCACUUAUGCCGCACCGCCAACCGUUCAGCGGUACGAAUUCCAGACCAACCAAAUCACACCGAUCAACCAGGUGUCGCUGCAGAGCGUAUCCUUUGCACCGACCGUCACCUACGCCGGACAGGUCUCGACCGGCCCGGCCGUAGUAUCCCACAAUCCGCACGAUCAGUUCAAUCUCCAGCUUAACAAGCAGACGUCGGGAAACGACAUGCCUGGAUAUCCACGGGUGAACAGCGUACCGCCGCGCUCACUCAAUUGUAAUGGAUAUUCAGGCCAAGACUAUGGCGGCCAAACCACCACCCAAGCCAGCUCGGCAACGACUAAUGUAACCAAUGCCAACGGAACGUCUACCAGUACCGGAGCCAACACUGGCACCGGUAGCAGCAGUUCCAUGCACCCACCGGCACAGGUUCCACAGUCGCCGAAUCGACAAACCCAACAGCAACCCCCACGACCCAACUCCAACCAACAGCUGUACACUCAGCAAUCACCCAAUCCGUACAGCAGCAAUGGCAACAACAGCAAUCUGCAGCAAUCGCCUAACCACAACAAUGGUGCUAACAGCGCAAACAACAACAACGUCUACGCGCAACAAACGCAUAGCGGAAUGCACACUCCUUCGCCAAUGCAAACACCAGACAAUCAUCAGUCGCCCAGUCACAUGAACGGUGGCCAACAGCAAUCUCAAGGCGACUGGGUCGGCUGGAAUCAACAGCAACAGCAGCAAUCGCCCGAUAUGUUCAACCAAUCGGAUAGAGUUAACCUCAACUCACGGUUGAAAACGAUGAUCAUGAACAAAAACGAUCCCAAGGACGGGGUCGGAGGCCUACAACCAACAGGCCAACACAUGAGUCAUCUAGGUGUCCAAGGACAAGGACCGGCCCAACAACAGACCGGUCAUUUUUUAUCGUAUAGCCACCAUCUCCGAGACAGUCUAACGCCUACAUCGCUAGCGGCUGGUGGUAGUAAUCCUGCCACAGGUCAGUCGCCAGCGCCCAUGAUGGGUGGCGGAACAGGCAGCGGCAGUAACAGUACAUCCAACGAUGGUACUAUCGGAGAUGGUGGCGGUCUGAUCAACAGUAUCAGCAAUAUUGUUGAUCCCAACUGGAAGCAAAGCAGCAAAUCGCCCGGUCUGGGCGGCAUCGAGAGCAAUGGAGCAAACAGAGCAGAGCACGAACAUCACACGCUUUUGGGCGACCUUCAUCACGGUAGUAAGCAUCAGGGUUUUGAGCAGAAGCAGCAAUUAAUUGACAAGAAUAAUACAGACCCAGGAGGUGGUGGUCUACAUCAUGAUACGGGCGGCGGACACGACGUCAAACAUAAACUGCACUCAUCCAAAUCAUCGUCUUCAUCAUCGUCCUCCUCCAAGUCUAAAAGCAGUAGCCAUAAGAAUAGCGAUAAGCAUAGCAAAUCGAAAAACAAUCAUCAUCUCGACAUGAAUCAACCGAUAGACUCUAACAAAUCUUCCAGUAAUCUUAAUAGCUAUUCAAGUAGUAGUUUUAUGAACGAUCAACACUCAUCGUCAUCGUCGUCACCGUCGCCGUAUCCGAAUCUUAAUCAAACAUAUCCAGCAAUCAAUCAUAGCAGUAGUAGUAGUAACCAAUCGUCACUUGGUCUUGGUGGCUACCCUAGUCAUCCUCUGGACAACAAGCUAGACGACAAGAGUCCUCUAAAUCGGUUCCGUCACGACAACCUCAACAGCGGAUUCAAUCCGCACCUUCCACAUCAGCAGUCGCCCCACGGCAUCCACAGCGGAGCCUUCCAUCAUCCUCAAACUGCAACCAGCGGAAGUUCCUCCUCUUCCAGUUACAACCUGAUGAGCGUGAAAAAGGAACCAGGACUCCUAGAUGACGGUCAACCAAUCAAGUCUGACGGUUACGAAAAGAACUACCAAAACUUCAUCCGCUACGGAGAAUACAAUGACAGCAGUCAACCGCCACAAAGCCAACUUCCCCAACACGGCAGUUCUAGUCUUUCCGGAUCGACAAAAUCCGAAUACAAUAGCUACUAUUCCCCGUACGGUACCUAUCCAGGCUACCAAAACUAUCCCAACUAUCACAAUCAAAACUUCAACAGUCCUUCGGGCAGUAGUGGACUACCACCGGCACCGGAAGUGAGCACACCACUACCCGCCAUCACCACACCUGUUGCCCAUCAAACCAACUUUGAGCAGCAGAUCCCUGCCCAUACAUAUCCGAUUCCCAAAAACAGCGGCAUUCCCCAACCGGAUGUUCCUAUCAAACUAGAAGCGGAAGACAACUCCUAUCUUGGCAACACCAGCGUACCGCCAAUGAGCGAACCCAGCCCCAUCACCAACAACAACCUUCCAGCGGCCAUACCCAACAGCACUCCGAAACCUACACCGGAACCGGAAGCUCCACCGCCGGCCGCCCCAACCACCACUCCCACCACGGGAAAGUCCAAAAAAUCAGAAAAGAAGGAGAAGGCCAACAAGGACUCAUCUUCCGGAGGCGGUGACGGCGAAACCAAACCCGAAGGCAGUAGUAGCAAAUCUAGUAAAAAGAAGGAAUCCAAGAGCUCCAAGAAAGAGCAGGAAGCAGCUGCCAUUAAACAGGCCGAAGACGAGAAACUGGAAAAGGCGCACAAACCGGAAGCACCGGACUGCGAUUGCUUCACUUCCUCGGACACGAAGGCUCCGUCCGAACCAGGAAGCUACUACACCCAUCUUGGUGCCGCAUCAUCCCUAGAAGAACUCCGUCGCGAAACGGAAACUCGCGUAGGGCUAUCCGGCAAACAGCUACGGAUAGAGAAAGUCGUAUACACUGGCAAGGAGGGCAAGUCCAGUCAGGGCUGCCCGAUUGCCAAGUGGGUCAUUCGACGAGUCGAUCCAGAAGAGAAGCUUCUCUUCAUCGUCAAACGGAGACAAGGGCAUCGAUGUAAGGCGGCCUUCAUUGUGAUAUGUAUCGUAGUCUGGGAUGGUAUUCCAACGCAAGAAGCCGACAGCGUGUACAGGAUGCUGUCGGUCAAACUGAACAAAUACGGUCUUCCAACGGUGCGUCGCUGUGCGACCAACGAGAACCGAACUUGCGCCUGUCAGGGUCUUGAUCCGGAAACCUGCGGUGUGUCGUACAGCUUCGGCUGCAGCUGGUCCAUGUACUACAACGGUUGUAAAUACGCGCGCUCCAAGACGGUGCGCAAGUUCCGUCUGUCAGUGAAGAACGAGGAAGCGGAAAUCGAGGAGCGAAUGAACAUCUUAGCGACGAUGCUGAGUCCACUGUACGUAACGGUUGCACCUCAGGCCUUCCAAAACCAGGUCCAGUACGAACGGGAAGCACCCGACUGUCGGCUGGGACUGAAACCCGGAAAGCCCUUCUCAGGUGUAACCUGCUGCUUAGACUUCUGUGCUCACACGCACCGAGAUCUACACAACAUGCAGGAUGGAUGCACGGUACAGGUUACUUUACUGAAACCACUUCCACCAGGUGUCAAACCCGACGAUGAACAGCUCCACAUUCUUCCAUUGUACACCAUGGACACUACAGACGAGUUCGACAGCGAAGAAGGUCAAAAGAAAAAGGCCGAAACCGGAGCCGUGCAAGUGCUGGAGAAAUUUGCAACUGAAGUUCGAGUGCGAUCAACACCACUGCAGCCAUGCCGCCGACACGGAAAGAAGCGAGGCAACGGCAAGGACGAGAAAUCAAAGGACGAUUCCAACAAUGAGGAAUCUGUACCAGAAACUCCUCCACCUCCACCGCCUCCAACGAAAAAGGAGAGUAAGUCUAAGAGCAAGAAAGGUUCCUCGAAUUCGUCGAACAGCAACAGCGGCAAUGGAAGCAACAGCAGUCAGAACUCUUCUGGAUCUGGCUCGCCAAAAGGCCAAAGUUCGAACAGCAGCAGCACAAAUACCAGUGGCGAAACCAGCGCUAAUGGCAACAAUAGUACUACAAACGUCAACAAAGCUGCAGUGCCACAAGGACAGGCUGCGGGAAACAAUGGGUCAAACAGUGCAUUUACUCCACCAAAUGCAAUAACCUCGCCGAACAAUGGAGGCAACAGCACACUCGUAGACAUGGCCUCCAUGAUUGACAACUUUACUGAUGCCCAACUGCAAUCUAAUCAGAUCUCGAGCACGGUGCUGGAUUCGCCGUACAGCUACGACUACAACACGGGACAAUACAUCGAUAAUCGUCAGUACUACAACAACUGGCCAACGGAUUAUUAUGGCAACCGCACCGAUCCUAACAAAAUGUUGGGCAGAAAUGAAGAGAUUCCCGAUACUACCACGAGACCCGGUAGCAACAGCAGUAACUCCGCAUUCAGUCCAAGCAUACCGGAUCCAACGAAAACUCCUACCCCAAUCCAUCUAGAUGACUACAGUGCUACCAAAUUGAACCAACAGCAGAGCCAAAAUACGUACCACACGCUCCAGCAACCAGAGCAAGGGUUUGUUAAACCCAAACCACCAGACUACAAUCCAGGCUAUGGUUACCACCCGAACACUCCCAUGGGUUACGGUUACCAUUCACCGUACACGCCGUACGAUCCUUACCAGAACUACAACUAUGGCUACCCGCCACAAAGCUACCAUCCUACAUAUCAUAACAUGUACUCGGCCACGCAGACCCAACUGCCAGGAACUGGUCCGGCACCUCCGCCUCCACCUACUGCGGUCAUACCGGCACCUCCUCCGCCAUCCAACUGGAAUCUGUAUCCACCACACCCGCACCAUCAGACGCACAUCCCGCCCAGUACUCCAUCGCAGUUGCAUACGCCGCACCAGCCCCACCUAGGUUCCAAACAACACGACAUUCCUCCAGCGAUGCAGCAAGCACCACAACCGCCGGCACCUCCGCCACCACCUAAGGAAACUCUCGGAGAGGUCACGGAAACCAACGAGAACGUGGACUGCUUCGAGGAUCCGCAGAUGGGUGGCGUGGCUAUCGCUUUGCCACACGGUAGCGUCGUCAUCGAGUGUGCCAAGCUGGAGAUGCACUCGACAACUGCACUGAAGAAGCCGAACCGCCUGAACCCAACCCGGAUGACGUUGAUCUUCUACCAGCAUCGAAACCUGAACCGACCGAAGCACGGCAUUGCCGAGUGGGCCGAAAAGAUGCGGCUGAAGAAGUUGGGUCUGGCCACUAACGAUCCCAUCGACGACAAGGACAUGCUGCUGAUGCAGGAGGACGACAUCAAGUCGGAACCGCUGGACGAUCUGCACCACAUGCGGCACAUGGGCGACGAACACGACAUGAUGGACGUCGAAUACUCGGGUGUCUAGUGGUGAGAGAAGAAUCUGCCACCAGGGCGACCGCUGGAUGAGCAGAUUACAGCAACACGCGGCAAUAGCAACAACCUACCGGCGUCCGGAUUGGCGACGUCGGUGCCAUUGACAUCGCAGCCGCCCCUGCCGGCGGGUGGAAUUCCUGGUUCGAGUCGAGGAACGACCUUCCACCACCAGCAGUCGCAGCUGCCACAUCAGUGGCUCCCUGCAUCGGGACUCCAAAGCCAACCACAUGAAAGACAUCAUGAUCCUAACCAAUACUACUACUAUUACUACUACUGAAGACUACUACUACACCGAGAAAGAUGCGAAGGAGAAUAUAUCAAGCGAUGCUAGUGACUACAUAAGAUUUAGAAAUCGGAACACUCAAUGAGGAACACUAAUAAUACGUACGCUCCAGUAUUUUUGAGAAGCAAAACGAGAAACUGCAAGACGUAAAUAAAGAUGGCUAAGAAUUUGCGUUUUGACAUUUACUUUAUAUCCACGCAGAGUUGUUUUCAUCGUGAUAAACGUUUGAGUUAAUUUCGCGACACUCUAUACUGCUCAAAUUAUUUCUUGAAUAAUUUCUGUUUUUGUGUCAAAAUCUGAAAUUUCUGGACAAAAUACGUUUCCAUUGAACUUUUUAAAAAUUGAAACAAUAAUAACAACAAAACAACAACAAACGCACCUUCAGGCACACACUUAAGAAAACAUAGAAAAAGAUAUCAAAACUAACUUUUGAACAAAAAUCAAAUAUUUUGAAAAAAAACAAGAAAUAGCAAAUUUAAAGUAAAAAAUAAUCUAUAUCGAAGCCAAGAGUACAAAACAAACAAAGUUGUUAACACAAAAGAAUCUGACUGUCACACUUUAACUAAUGAUUUAAAAUCCAAAACAAAGUUUCUCGUUGAGAAUAAUGUUCGGACCAUUUAUCUCUUGCAUUAAUCUCCUCGAUUUUUUGCUGCUUAUUUUAACCUAAAAACCAAGAACCUGAUGAAUGAAACAAACGCGAAAGCUGCUCUCGCUCUAGACAUUUUCUGCGGGUAGAACAAAGUUAUGCCCCAACCACAACUAAUAACUACGCUCUUUAGCUCCAAUUUGCUGACUUUGCUUAUAAAAUCGAUUGAGAUAUCACAAACGUUUGCUAACAAUCCAUUGCUAACGACACAAACUAAUUGUUAUAGACUUUUUCCUUUUGUAAAUAUAAAUCUUCUUGCUUGCGAGCUUUUCAACAGAGCCGACAGAAUGUCCCAUUUUUCAAAGUUUUCCGUUUUUUUUUUCUAUCAAUCGUUUUCACUACACAAUCUCUUUUAAGGUUAAAAUAAUUUCUUUCCAGUCCCUUAAUUUCACCCUAUAGUAGGAUAAGUGGAAGCGCCAGCGCACGCAGCAUGCGGAAUGCACAUAUACUACAAUACAUACACAUUCAAAGCGAAAACAAAAAUUUCAAAGAUGAAAAAGUAUUAGUAUUUUAACUUAGUAUCUAGGUCCUGUUUUUGAUUUUCCCUGUAUUUUUUAAAUAGCUCACUAAGUAGGCUUCUCUCUCUGUAAAAUCUCUUCACCGUUAGGAUCGUUUUUUUUUUACUAUUGAAUAUUAAUUCUUCUAACUGAUGAAGUGAAACAUGUAAAAGACAGUGAAAGGACAACCGUAACUCGAAUCAGUUUUAUCAAAUAAAAGAACUGAACAAAAAUGUAACCCAUCAUUUAUGUUAGGAAGUGUACAAGUAAAUGUUUUUAGUUUCCCUAGGAUGCCGCGACGAAAUCAUUAUUUAAUUAUCUAUUUAACUAUUUAUUACAAACUAGGAUCACACUCUCACACACGCAUUGCAACCGUUUCAUACAAAAAGUGACGUGAAUCUAUACAAUUAUCAGCAAGAAACACACACACACUUAAGCGUAUAAGAAAUUCUAUUAUUGUCAUUAAAUUAUCCAUUAGUUUUAAGUAUCAUUUGUCUCGUGAGCAAAUACUUUGUCUCGUGUAACUUAAGUUUUAGUAAACAAAUGAAAAGAAUAACAAACCGUACGCAUGAGGAAAAACCGUCACUUUUGUGCGCAUAUUGUUUAGCCAUAAAAUGAAAAAAGUAAAGCACAGCGAUUAAAAGCAAGUGCUGGUGAGUCAGUUAUGAUUUGACCAUUCGUUCUGUCACACACACAAACAGGCAAACGUGUUUAUUUUCAACUGCUCCGUAGAACAAGACCAUAAUUACAAGUAGAUGUAAAAUACAAUCGUAGGGAUGUUAUAUAGAAGUAAUUAAGACACGAAAGAAAACACUGAUGAUGAUGAUGAUUAAAAGGUGCGUCGCAAGCGCGUGUGUAGAAAGAAAAGAAAACAAGACAAAUUUGCCAUAUUCUGAACAAAAAAAAAACAUUAGAACGUCAGCCGUGCGUAAAAGGUAAUGAAUACUCAUAUACGUGAACAUUAUUUUACAAGUAAUACCAAUAAAUUGCAGUUUUUAAUUCAAAA